CCCGCCCCCGCCCUCUCCCCCUCGCCCUCUCUCCUCCCUCCACCACCUCCUCCCCACUCCCCACCCCGCGUCUCCUAACUUCUUUUCAUUUUCGCAAGAACGACGAUAGUAAACAAGAGCAACAAACAUCCUACUUAAAGUUGCCGAAAUGGCAUCAGGCAGCGGGUCAAGUUCUGCUCCUGAGGAUCAUCGCAGAAAAUGGGACAAAGAAGAGUUCGAAAGAUUGGCAGAAGAACGCCUGAGGGAGGAGUUGGAAGCGUUGGAAGAGGGCAAACAGAAACCGGCACCAGUCACCAGAGAAUUGCUGCGUCAAAGAGACUAUCGUGUUGAUCUUGAAGGAAAACUUGGAAAGAGUGUUGUUAUUACUAAAAACACACCAUCGUCUCAAACAGGAGGAUACUACUGCAAUGUGUGUGACUGCGUUGUGAAAGAUUCUAUUAACUUCUUGGACCAUAUCAAUGGAAAGAAACAUCAACGUAACUUGGGCAUGUCCAUGAGAGUAGAACGUUCAUCUUUAGAUCAGGUCAAAAAACGUUUUGAGUUGAACAAGAAGAAAAUGGAAGAGAAAAAGCGAGAUUACGAUAUCGAGCAGCGAAUGAAAGAAAUAAGACAAGAGGAGGAUAAAUUGAAAGAGUACCGAAAGGAGCGCAAGAAGGAAAAGAAGAGGAAAUUGGACGAUGAUUUGGAUCAAGAAUCUGAAGGCCAGUCUGAGCUUGCGGCUAUCAUGGGAUUUUCGGGGUUCGGAGGUGCAAAGAAGUGAAUAAUACUUUGAUUGAAACUGUUACCUGUGUAUAUUCAAUUCCAAUUAUUUUGUAAGUGAUAAUUUUGUGUGUGGACCAUGAUGAGAAAUACAAGACAAACCACAGUGCAUAAA